UCUCUAGUCUGUCUGUUGUGUGCUUAGUUCCGCAUACUAGUUUAUAGCAGUAUCAAGCAGUUCUUGCACAGCGUUAUGGAAGUACCAAUUGGCAGAGCCGUAGUUGUUGCUUCGUUUAACUACAAGUGUGUAACAGAGGUGCCAGCUAAAAUAGAAUGGAAUGGACAAAUGAAAGAAAUAAACACUGCAAUAGUCAGGAACCAAAAAAUAACAGACGAAUUGAUGGAAGCGUUUAUUAACAAAGCAGGAACAGCAGCUGCUGUGUGUUUGGUGUUUUACAAACUGUACCCACGAGCACACACGUUUAAAUACGAAGGGUUAACUGAUGAAAAGUCGCUUCAAUUUGAACUGUGCUCGUUUCUCUCCGAGUUUAACAGCAUGAAGGAAAAACUGUUGUCUGGUAAAUUGGCCGAGGAAAUCAAUGACGAAGCACGUACGCUUUUCCCAGACAGUUUAAGUAGCGCUAGAGGGUUGAAACUGACUUUGAAAAUCCGCGAAACUAUAACACCAAAACCAAAAAAGCGUACCGGAAAACCAGCUGCAAAAGCCCGUUCCGAAAACGAUAAAACGGAGCAUAUUCGCGGGUCAGUCAGGUCGGAAAAUACUUUGGACGAUGAUAUCGAUUUAUCUAAAAAUACUACACAAAGCACUUCGACAACAGCUCCAACACCUGGGGCUUCGGGUAGCUCAAAACCUACAACAGAUUUCGUUGCUACAGAAUCCACAACACAGGCAACAGAUUUCGAGAAUUUUGAUCUAAAGUUUGCGUUUCAGGAAGAGGAUGCGGAAAACUACUGGAGCCGAAAAGAGUACGGUAAAGCAAUUCCGUUUUUUGAGAAUAUUCUAAGGCGUUCGUCUUAUAAGGGACGGCACUCCGGUGUAAUCAUGCUCAAGCUGUCCCUGUGUAAACUUAAAUUAAACGAAGUAGCUGAAGGAGCUGACUUGUACAUUCAAGGCUAUAAGCAAAUUGAAACCGAUGAACAAUCUGAUCACACCACUGCAACGCAACUGUGCGAGGUUGCAAAGAUUUACGCCGAGGAAGAUUUUCCACGGCGUUCAUUCCUCACCUUUACUUGCAUCAUGGUCAUCGUACGUCGCUGUAUCGAGCAGAGGAGGCUGCGGGUCUACAUGGAUGUGCUUUCGAGCAUAACGCCCUUGGAGAAGGUUGCCACCUUGCGCGACAAGGUUAUUGAAAUAGCAAACUCGAUUUUUACCGAUUGCCAAGGUGCCAUCGAAUACAUGCAAGCAGAGGCUGUGAGAAGCUUGUGUGCAACCACGAUUGCCAACUGUGGAAACCAUCUUCAAGCAGAAGUCAUUUUUGAUGGUCUGUUACAGCGAUUGCGACCUGUGGCCAUUGCGGACGAUGGUCGACUCGCCCUCUUUCUACAGUGCUUGUACGGACAGAGCUUAAACUCCAUGAACCUUGGGAACAGAAUCAAGGUUCGAGAGCUUGUGCGAGAAUACCAAAGUUUGAUGGCACGUGCUCGUGCGAUGGAUCGUAACAUGGGCGAUGCAAUACAGAGACAAUACGAAAAUCUAAUGGAAAGGGUUGGACACGUAGUGUGAUGGGAUUCUUUCUAAAAAGUGUCAAGUUUUUUCCGCAGAAAGCAAAGAGCUUUUAGUGUAUUCAUGGCGGAUUAAGAUAUAUAGUUUACAGACUAGAGAUCGUAAUGCAUGUUUCUAUCACUCCAUUAUUUAGAUUCUCCAGUUUAGGAGAUAGCGUCCUGGUCUAAUGUGAGUUUGUCGACCUCUUGUCAUUUUUGUACAAAGUGGUUUGGUUUUACAGCACACCGUCCGAGGUCCGAGUAUUAUACCACAAACGUUUUUCUUGUGUAUAAUUUGCUGCUGAGUACCGUAGACAUAGUAAGGCGGGGGAAGAACAUUUGAAAAACUAUAACACCGUAUCCUACGACUCCCAUAAACCGUUGUUAAGUGUUUAAAACACGAUCAGGUUAUUUGGAUGUUAUGUGAUAAAAAUGUCCCAUCUUACCCCACAAAACUAUAUUUUCUUUUGUAUAUGGAUGCAUUGCAUCGACGUAACUGUUUAACAAGUUUACGUACUUUUUCAAAUGCGUUUUCAAGCUUUUUUCGUCAUAACUUAACAUCAAUAUAAACAUAUAAUUCUUCG